AAAUUAAUACAAUUAUAUUUGCAGCAAUCUACCGUAAGGAAGCACUGCUGAAGACUUCACGAUGAUGCGUUUACUUCUCCUGUUAACUAUCCCUUGUUCCCUUGCACUAAACUGUAAAUCCUCUCACCAUGACAGUUGGUGUAAAUGUACUGAUUUAGAUGGUGAUUUGUUAAAGAUAGUGUGCACUGGUGAAUAUGGACUACCAAAAUUGAUACCAGACAAUACUGCUGAACUGCAUAUAACAGACAGUAAUAUCACAUAUCUUACAGCAAAUUUUUUAAAAAAGGAAAUGCCACAAUUGAAGGUGUUAAAUUUGACUGGGAAUGAACUGAUGUACAUAGACCCAAGUGCUUUCAACCACAAUGAUUUUAAAGUGCUAGAACAGCUUAUAUUAGACAAUAACAAACUUGUUCUAAGUGGAAGAAAACUCAUCAGUAGCUUGAAUAGAUUAAAGAUUUUGAGUAUGAAAAACGCAUUUUUUAAUGGCACAUAUGCUAGUCUCAUCGGUACGGCUCUCAUGCACUCGCAUACUUUAUUACUUGAAUCUAUAAUUCUUGAUGAUAAUGACCUUAGUGGGGGGCUAGAUGUCACAACGUUUAACUUCAGUUUAUACGGUAAAGAGAGUAAGAGUCACAUCACCACGAUAUCUCUGCGCAAUACAUCUCUAAUCUUGUUUUUUGGGGGAACGUUAAAUAAAACACAUUUGCCAAAUUUGGUUUUUGUUGACCUGAGCAAGAACAAGCUGCAAACGAUCCGCCAAGACAUUAUCGAUGAUCUCGAAAAUUUCAUAAAUCUCACAGUGGAUUUCACUGGAAACCCAUUUGUGUGUAACUGUGAAUUAUAUGACUUUGUUACAUGGUUAAAUGAAAGCAAUUCUGUUAGCAUUGUCAACAAAGAAGAAUAUGUGUGUAGUAAUGACUCGCUUAAGAAGAUCAGGGGGCGGAAUUUGGUAGACUUGAACCCCAAAGAGGAUCUGAAGGAUAAAUGCAUAGACAUUGUGGUGAAUAAAGACUCCACUUCCUACAUCGCCUUGAGUGUUAUGCUUGGCGUAGUAGGCUUGCUAGCAGUAAUCAUCUUAUAUUUACGGCGGGGAGAAUGUUUCAGAUUUUUCCAGGGCAUGUUUGAUGUAGCACAUAGUGACAAAGGAGGUUACACAGAUAUGGAUAAUUCAUACUUACCCGAAACACCCACUGUUGAUGUAUAAACUAUAUUUUUUGCAGUCUAUCGCAAGGAAGUAUUGCUGAAGACUUCACGAUGCUGUGUUUACUUCUCCUGUUAACUAUCCCUUGUUCCGUUGCACUGAACUGUAAAUCCUCUCACCAUGACAGUUGGUGUACAUGUACUGAUUUAGACGGUGAUUUGUUAAAGAUAGUGUGCACUGGUGAAUAUGGACUACCAAAAUUGAUACCAGACAAUACUGCUGAACUGCAUAUAACAGACAGUAAUAUCACAAAUCUAACAGCAAAUUUUUUAAAUAAGGAAAUGCCAAAAUUGAAGGUGUUAAAUUUGACUGGGAAUGAAUUGAUGUACAUAGAUCCAAGUGCUUUCAACCAUAAAGAUUUUAAAGUGGUAGAACAGCUUAUAUUAGACAAUAACAAACUUGUUUUAAGUGGAAGAAAACUCAUCAGUAGCUUGAAUAGAUUAAAGAUUUUGAGUAUGAAAAACGCAUUUUUUAGCGGCGCAUAUGCUAGUCGCAUCGGUACGGCUCUCAGGCACUCGCAUACUUCUUUGCUUGAAUCUAUAAUUCUCGAUGAUAAUGACCUUAGUGGUGGGCUAGAUGUCACAACGUUUAACUUUAGUUUAUACGGUAAAGAGAGUAAGACGAGCAUCACCACGAUAUCUUUGCGCAACACAUCUCUAAUCUUGUUUUUUGGGGGGACGUUAAAUGUGACACAUUUACCAAACUUAGUUUUUGUUGACCUGAGCAGAAACAAGCUGCAAACGAUAAGCCAAGACAUUAUCGAUGAUCUCGAAAAUUUCAUAAAUCUCACAGUGGAUUUCACUGGAAACCCAUUUGUGUGUAACUGUCACUUAUAUGACUUUGUUACAUGGUUAAAUGAAAGCAAUUUUGUUAGCAUUGUCAACAAAGAAGAAUAUUUGUGCAGCAAUGACUCGCUUAAGAAGAUCUUUGGACGCAAGUUGGUAGACUUGAACCCCAAAGAGGAUCUGAAGGGAAAAUGCGAAGACACUGAGGAGAAAAUCUCAACUUCCUACAUUGCCUUGAGUAUAGUGUUUGGUAUAGUAGGCUUGCUUGCAAUGAUAAUCUUAUAUUUACGGCGAGGAGAAUGUAUAGGAUUUUUCCAGCGCAUGUUUGAUGGAGCACACGAAACGCUUAGUGACAAAGGAGGUUACACAGAUAUGGAUAAUCCAUAUUUACCCGACACACCGGCAGUUGAUGUAUAACAGCUCUACAGGUAUUUUUUGAUCUAACAAGAAAGAUAACUUAAAGAAGAUGAGAAAAAUCUGACCCAUGGAUCAGGAGGAUAUUCACACCAACUGAUAGUAAAACAGGAACUUUGUACAGUAGUAUUUAUUUUCUGAGAUUUGCGAAGGUGAAUGUAGGAAUUUUUGCAUUUUUUCGGUAUUUUCAGUAGUUUUUAUAUCAAUAUUCUUAUUGCUAUUUAAAAUUUUAGGUCCUUGACAUCCUUCUGCCGUGGUUUUAAUAAAUAUUUUAGUAGCCUUGCCUUCAGUAUUAUUAUUCAAUAUUUAGUAUUUAAAUCUGUUCAUCUCUUACAGAGAGUAAAUAGCUUCAUCUUGAUCAGUUGUAUGUGAGAGUAUGUAAAUUAGCUGUAUAUUGUACUGGUCACAGUUUGGAAAAUUAGAGUAAAAAAAAAUAAAAAAAAUAAAAAUAUUUGUAAGUUUAGUAUACUGUGCAUUAAAGCUAAAUUAUCUAUGAUAAUUAAUAAAAUAAUGACAGAUAGUUUCUAUGGUAUCAACAGUAGACUUGUCAGUAUCACUGUGCAGUAUUUACACACAAAACUGAUUUCUAAAACCAUACUCCAAAUAAGGACAUGCAAACAGUUACGAUUCAAUAUUCUGAUCUUAAUAAUAGAUGAUCAUUAGGAAUGAUGAUUUCAAUCAUAAUGACUUGUCUGUCCUUAUUUAGAGUAUAUUUUAAACAUGGUUAUCUUAUCAUUGGACCUAAUUGUUUUUGAUAUCUAAAAUUAUUAUACAGUAAAUUAAUUUAAAGAAAUAAUCAUAACUGCUGAAUUUGUACAGUAAUUUAGUUACUUUAAAAUGUUUGAUACAAUGUGUGCCAAAAUAAUAUGGACAAAUGGUGCAUUAUUUGUAUAGUUGCCAGACUGUACAAUAUUAGAUUU